AUGGCUCGAGUCUUGUUGAAGAGUGCCAAAUUGGCAGAUCAUUUUUGGGCUGAAGCCAUUAGUACUCCAUGCUAUACAUUUAACUGUGUGUUUUUCAGGCCACAUACCAAGAGCACUCCCUAUGGAAUUUGGAAAGGGAAGAAACCAAAUGUCAAGAACUUAAGGACUUUUGGUAGUAAAUGUUAUAUCUACAAAGACAGGGAGUAUCUUGGAAAAUUUGAUUCAAGAAGUGAUGUUGAAAUAUUUCUUGUUCAUUCUAUGAAUAGUCGAGCAUGUAGGGUGUUUAAUACGCGUACUAAAACAAUAAUGGAAUCAGCUAAUGUGAUUGUAAAUGACUUCUCUGUAUUGCAGGUUGGAAUAAGUCAUGAAGAUACAAAUCUGGAAACUCACGAACUUGCUGAUGUUACUAAUAUUGAUUUAGAGGAUUGUAAUCAACCUUUCAAUCCUGUGAUACGCAGACCUGGUGCUAAAUAA